AACAGCAAAUUGAUAAAUAUCAUUUUUUUGAUAAACCGUGUUAAGCUUUUAUUAUAUCGUUGUUAAUCAGAUUGUUUUUUUUUUGCUUGUUUGUUUUACUUUGGUAAUUAUACCGAGUGAAAAGAAGCAAAACAAGUUAUAUUUAAACUUGAUACGUGUAGUUUUUAAUAGAAUUCAAAUUAUUAAGCUCACAUUACUGUGAUUAAUAAAGCUUUGUUAUUAGCCAAUUUAACACAUUCAAUUCAGUCAUAUUUUAGGAGAACUAAAAUUUUUGUAACAUUUUGGGUGUAUUUUUCAAAAAUAUCUACGUAAGUUAUGGCAUGUAAUCAUCAAGAAAAAUUAUCAAGAUUAUGUAGAAUUUGUGGAAAUAUAUUAGGAAAAGACAGUUUAAAAACUGAUUCUAAAAUUGAUCGAAUAUAUAAAGUGUUUAGUAUAAAUAUAUCAGAAGAUUCUCAAUAUAUUCAUCCAAAGAAAAUGUGCAUGAGAUGUUAUACUUAUCUUAGAAACAUCAAAAAUAGAGGUAAUAAAGUUUUUAAAACUUAAAAAAAUUUGAUUAAAAUGUCUUUCAAUUGAAUGCAAAUGUAUUUUUGGCAUUCUUGGUCGAAAACCAAUAUCCAAUAGAGGACGACCAGAAAAGGUUAAAAAAUGGACACAGUUUUAUUUAAAAUCAUUUCUUGAUUCAUUACGUAUGCCUAAAGAUAGAAAAAAUUUUCUAGAACUAAACCAUAUUCUAAAUCCACAUAUAAAUUUAUGCAUUUGUAAAAUUUGUGGAGAAGUUAUGAAUCAGCCUGUGAUGCUGAAAAAUUGUCAACAUUCGUUUUGUAGUUCAUGCAUUUUUUGAUUUGAUAAUGUGAUUCAAACUGUCCGUUAUGUAAAACCAACAUCACAAUUGAUAGCCUUACCUAUUCCAUCCAUAUAUCUGAAAUCUUAGAUUAUUUAACUAUUGUUUGCAAGAUUUGUAACAAAAAUGUACUUUUAAAAGAUAUUAAUUGUGAAAAUCAUGACUGCAAAAAAUUAUUAAACAACACUAUAGAUGAAAGCAAAAAAAUAGUUAGUAUAAAUAAUUUUUACCAAGUCACUGACUCAAGUGAAAUCACACUAGAGGUUGAAGAUGCUGUUUUACAUGUCAUUAAAAAAAAAUUGAAUCAGUCUAAAACAUCCAUAAUAGAAUUUUUAUCUGGUGGACCUAGGCCACUUUGUUUUGUUUCUGCUCCAAAAGUUAAUGUAGAAAGUGCACACUGUAAAAAUAGGACUUUAAGUAAAAGGCAGAAACAUUUAAUGCAACAAGUUAAUCAUACUGCUGGUAGUUCACAGGAAUCUAAAAUUUGUCAAACAUCUGUAAUGUUAAAGUCAUAUGAUAAAGAUGAAGCAAAUGAAAUGUUAAAAAAAGCAAAUAUUGAAACUAUGGAUUUAAAUGUAGAAGAAAUGGUUGCUCUAAAAGCUGAAAUGGGUAUUCCAUGGAAUAAAUUAAAAACUAUGGCUAGGUGUUUAAAUUCCAAAAAUAUUACCACUGCUUCAAACAACAAACAAAGAGUUGUUGCAAUAGAAUGGUCUGGAAAUGAUAUAGUUUUUUUAAAUGGACCAUUUACAUUUCAAAAUGAAAAUAAUCAUGAUGUUUUUGAAAUUAAACUAGCUCCUUGGGCAUAUAUCAAGAACCUACCUAACAAUAUAGAGAAUCUACUGAAUCUUCUUGAAAAGUUUAACCUUCUUUAUCAUGAUGGGAUUAAAAAAGAUGAAAUACAUAUAAAAAUUGGUGGUGAUCAUGGAGGCGGUUCUUUUAAAAUGAGCUACCAAAUUGUUAAUCAAAAUCAGCCUAACUCAAAAUCAAAUAGUUAUGUGUUUAGUACUUUUGAAGCAAAAGACUAUCGCACUAAUCUGAAAGUUGGGCAAUCUAGAGAUACACAACAAGUUGAUGAGAUGCAAAAAAUGAAUUGGAAAAAUCACCAUUUUUGUGUCUUUAUGUUUGGAUACUAUGAUUUUCUGUGCAGCGUAUACAGAAUCACUGGAGCUAAAGGUCGGCAUUGCUGUCUCUUUUGUGGUAUAACUAAGGAAGAGAUGAAAAUAAUUCUAACAAAUCGAAUACGUAUUGUUUCACAAGUGAUAACUUUGAAUCUUUCCAGAAUUCUGGAGGAAUUUUAAAGAGUGCAAAGCAUUUCAAUAAUGUUAUUGAUCAAUCUUUGUUUAACAUUCCUUUGGAUCAAAUCGCUGUGCCUGCAUUACAUAUAUCACUCGAUAUCUAUUUGAAAUUUUUUGUUAUGUUAAAAGAUGAGCGUCAUUUAGUUGAUAUAAAACUUGCUGGAGAACUUGCAUUAAGAAAUAAAAUUAUUGGUAAAACUGAAUUUGAAAUGUACAUUACCAUGCAUGUCCAGUCAAAUCUUUUAAAUAGCAUUAUUGCAGAUUGCCUAGAAAAAAUUGCUCUUCUACAAGAUACAGUUGGGAUAAAAGUAUUGCGUGAACCUGAAAGAUAUUUUGAAAAUUUAUAAGCCAAGAAUACUUUACUAUGAAUUGAGAAAAAAUGACAAGUCAAAAGAACUACAAAAUUUACGUGAAAGUAAUGAACUAGAUAAAGUUUCAUGACCAUGCAUUCAAAAACUCGAUGAAGUAUUGAAAGCAAAUAAAGUUGAAAGGCAAGCAUACCAUGGAAAAUGUUUUGUAGGAAACCAUGUUCACAAAAUGCUAAAACAUCAACCAUUACUUGACUUAUGCAAUUCAAUUCCUAAGGUAGUUGUAGACCUUGGCUUUAUAGAUACUGAUGUUCACUUAUUAUCUAUUGAUGUGAGCCAAAAAUUUAAAAAAUUAUUUUCUUAUUAUUCUAAGUGUCAUAACAUUAUGAACAGCUCACAUUCUUUUGAAGAUUAUGUUCAGGAACUUGAAUUAGCAAUCAAAAACCUGAUGGAAUUUUAUAGAUUGACAUGGCCAGAAGCUACAAUAACACCAAAAAAGCAUUUACUUAAAAGCCACGUACCUCAGUUCAUUGAAAAAUGGACAUUAGGAAUAGGAGUUUAUGGUGAACAAGGUGGUGAAAGUUUGAACGCCGAG